UCUUCCCUUCCCGUUUGGCUUCUCCCGGCGUGCUCGUCUUCUCUAACUCUAGUUGGCAGCGGCGUCUGCGAGUGGAAACGGCAGGAGACGAUCGAGGGGAGGGAGCCCAAGCGAGCCACGCAUUCAUCGCUGCUCAUCAUUACAGAAGCCGCACGUACUAGUACUAGCACGCUGCUGCUACUAGUAUUUAACCGCCGUACGGGCUCACUACUUCUUCCCCGAUCCUCUUCUUCGCUCGUCUGCUGCAUUUCGCUUCCGGCCGCCUACCUGCCUGAACAUGAGGUGAAGACCUUCGUUCGCGUUGGUGGCGAUCACGGUUGGACCGAUCAGACACAAUGUGGAACUGCUCAGCGCCGCACCCAUUCCUGCUGCCGUACGGCGACGACUACGUCAGGUGCGAAGGCUCAAGUUCACCGGCAGGAGCUGUGGGUCUGGACAGGAUACUACCAGCGGAGUAUGAUUUAUGCCAUUCUCUGAAUUUGUCACCGUCACUGCACGGCCUUCAGACGCCAACGCUGUUUGCUAUGAACGGUUCAGAGAACUAUCUGGGGAUAGGAGCGAAUCCGAUCUACAGCGGCGAGACCCGGCCUGUGUUUUCGCAGUUCAGCUGCACCCAGCCAACUGCUGCUGCUCACUUGGUGAGAUGGACGGCAGCGGGGGAGACGAUGACCGGUGACGGCAGCCGUCUCAGAGGAUCGAAAAGGCUCAAGACAACGACGGCAGCAGCAACAGCACAAGAUCCACACCACGGCCUGCGUUGCAAUGUGAAGCCAACAAGAAAUCAGUCUAUGAAGGCGCCAUGUAAGAGGAGCCAGAAGCUCGGGGACAAGAUCACGGCGCUUCAGCAGCUAGUCUCCCCGUAUGGCAAGACGGAUACCGCGUCGGUGCUCCGCGAGGCAGCCACCUGCAUCAAGCACCUUCACGAGCAGAUCCAGAUUCUGACCGCCUCCUACCCUGCAAUUAGCUCACCACCGUCAGAGCAGGGCACCGGCGAGGAAGAAGGCCCGACGGAUCUGCGCCGGCGAGGCCUGUGCCUGGCGCCGCUGUCCCCGGACGUCGUGCAGCUUGUGGUGUCGGCCGAGGCGGCGCUCCGCCACCGCGACACGGCCGAUACGGAGGAUCGCUGGCGCAGGCUCGCCAUUCUGUAACCGGUUGGCAGUUGCUAGUUGCUACCUUCGUCACUCGUCAGGCCCUUAAGUGACCGCGCUAGAACUUGAUUUUACUGGCAAAAUAAAAAAUGUACCUAGUUUGAUUAUAAAUCAGAGCUUAGGCCAGAUUACAAUGCAGUGGGAAAUUGGGAAUCCAUCACGAACUGAACUGCCAUAUACUUAUU